AUGGAGAGUCCCCAUGAAGUAUACCCCGGCUCAGGCUAUGCGUGUGGUAGAGCCAGUCAGUCCCUGUGUGGUCAGCUGAUGCCUGCGCUGGAGGUUUCAGAUGUUUAUGCCCAGGAUACCUCUUUGGUCUGGGUCAGCUGCAAAGUGGUUUCUGACGGCGAGAGCAGAGGCGGCAAACGGACAGAAACCAUGGAUUUUGCUGUCACGGAUGCAUCCCAUAUUCUUAACAGAUUGAGGAGGCAGUUAAUAGAGGUGUUUGUGGAAGAUGUAGAUGGUUUGUUGGAUGAGCUCACCUCCCUGUAUCUGAUAUCUCCAGAAGAAUACCUUAAUCUGAAUGCAGCUGAAAGCCCGGUAAAGAAAACGGAGAACGUAUUGAACCUCAUACUUGUGAAAGGAGAACCGGCCUGCGAGAAAUUCCUCAAACAUCUGGAGAACAUGAUACUUAGGUUUCCAAAGUUACAGAAUCUUUCAGGACACUUCCCAGAAAACAAAAGAACAGAUUUGGAAGAACUCCUAGUGAAGUUGGAAAUGGAACGCUUUGCACAUUCUAAGCUCACACUGAAGAGGAUUCUUAAUAUUGGGAAAGAAAAUAUAACAAACACUGACCCUCAGAAUAUACAGGAUAUUCCCUGGCAUUUCUUAAAGAAACUCCUGGCUCUCAACAGAAGUGCCCGAAACAUUCAGUGCAAGAAAAAUACUUAUAGCCAAGCUUCAGAUAUAGAUAUAAAUACAUCUAAUGACCUGUUUAAAGUGCCUGGCUUCAGUAUUGAAGAAGAUAGGUCACAUUGUCUCCACCCUCUGGAUGUUCUGUGUGUUCUCCUGCAUUGUUCUGAUAACUUUCUACAGCAGGAAAUUGUAGCAAAGAUGUCCAUGUGUCAGUUUGCUGUCCCUUUGCUGCUCCCUAUUGGUGAUAGAACAAACUGCACCUUCAUGCUAUGGGCAAUGAGAGAUAUAGUGAAAAGAUGGAGACCUCAUUCAUUAGCAGAUAGAAAAGGGUUUAAAGAAGAUAAUGUGGUGAACAUAUCAAUGCCGACCUUCUCUUUUGUCAGACUGGGGAAAACCAAGUUAUCCAAAUCUAAAAUCCUGAAUCAGGUUCUCAGCCCAGCUCAGCAAUAUCAUGACUUUUUCAUACAUGACAACAUGGAAGGAGGGAAUAUAGAGAGGAAAUUAUCUAAUGGGCUAGUGGAAAUGUCCUGGUAUUUUCCAUCUGGGAGUGAAAGUUCUGACAUUUUCCCAGAGCCGAUUGCAGUGACCAAUCUACGUGGAGACCUGGAGUCUAACUUGACACAGUUCAUUUUCUUAACCCGAGUCUCAUCAGCUGUGUUUAUAUUUAUUAAGCACAUUGGGGAGAGAGAAUUUAGACUGUUGUCAAACUGUGAUAACAAAGACACAAAGUAUUAUAUCAUCAUCACUCCGAGUCCUGGGACAAAUGUCAACAAAGAGACACUUCAGAAUUUGCAAAACAUAAUGUCCAAGCUACAGCUUGUAAUGGAUAAUAUUAUAAUAAAGACCAACACAGAUAAUGAUACAGCUCUUAUGAAAAAAAUCCAAUUGUCUAUCAAUUGUUUCUUAAAUGAUAACCCCAAAAUAACAGAUAUUAGAAAUAUGGAAAAACAGAUAAUUGGACUUGAUAUCUGUGUAGAUGAAACUUCCAAUGGAUGCUGUAAAGCCAAAGAGAUUGCUGAGAAAAUAACUAAGGAGAUAAGAGAUGUGUCACAGUAUAAAAAAGAAUCAUUGAUUCUGCAGGGAGAUCUGUGGAAGCAAAUAUCUAUAAAAGAAAAAGAAAUGUGUAGAAUGAAAAACCAGGGACAUAAAGAUGCACAAAAAUAUCUGGGUGAACUGAGAUCUGAACGCACCUCAUUACACAAGACACAAUAUGGUCAUUCUCUUCCUAGUGGCUUAAUGCAAUUUACUGAUGCCAUUGUUAAUUUAUCUCCCAUAGAGAAACAUUUUUUUCUAAAGUGGAUGAAAUUGGAUCUUGAUUUAAUUGCUAGGGUUAAUCUGUCUGAUUUACAGGCCAACUACAAGGAGAAGUGCAACAGCCCACUCGAUAAUCAAGAUGAACUGAAACAGCUAGAUCAGAAAAUAUCUGACAGCUCACUGGGAAUUGAACAUUUCCUGCGUGAGAUGGGGCAGUUUUAUGAAGCUGAGUUUUCUAUGGUAAAUGAAGAAAUAAUCAGUAAAGACAUAAGGCAGUUUACCAGACUCCCAGGAAUAGCAGCUGAUCUCCUGCUGGAUGGGUUCCCAUUGGAGCUGAUUGAUGGAGAUGCCUCCAAUAUCCCUCUGCAGUGGAUAACUGAUGUCCUGACUGAGCUGGACACCAAGACAGGAGGACAAUGCAGAAUGAGAGUGAUCACUGUGCUGGGAGUUCAGAGUACGGGGAAAUCCACCCUUCUAAACACCAUGUUUGGUUUGCAGUUCCCGGUGGCCAGUGGACGAUGCACACGAGGGGCUUUCAUGACAUUUAUUAAAGUAGAAGAUGACUUUCAGGAAGAGCUGGGCUGUGACUUUAUUCUGGUUAUAGAUACGGAAGGUCUGAAAGCUCCUGAAUUAGCUUCUCUGGAGGACAGUUAUGAACAUGACAAUGAGCUGGCAACGUUAGUGGUCGGGCUGAGUGAUAUCACCAUUAUUAAUAUGUCCAUGGAAAACAUAGCAGAAAUGAAGGAUAUCUUGCAAAUUGUGGUCCAUGCGUUUCUUAGAAUGAAAGAAAUAGGAAAGAAACCCAAAUGCCAAUUUGUCCAUCAGAAUGUGAGUGAUGUGUCCGCUCAUGAGAAGAACAUGAGAGAUAGAAAGAAGCUAUUAGAACAGUUAGAUGAGAUGACUAAUAUUGCAACAAAAAUGGAAAAAAAGCAUAGCAUUUCAAAGUUUUGUGAUGUGAUGGACUAUGACACAGAGAAAGACAGCUGGUACAUUCCUGGUUUGUGGCAUGGAGUCCCACCCAUGGCACCUGUAAACUAUGGUUAUAGUGAGAAGGUUUCUGAACUGAAAAUGUUUUUAGCUGAUAACCUGAAAACACAGAACUCUUCAAACAAACCUCUUAACAUUAAAGAAUUUAUUGAAUGGAUAAAAAGUUUGUGGAAUGCAGUAAAAUAUGAAAAGUUUAUCUUUAGUUUCAGAAAUAGUGUGUUUGCAGAAGCAUAUAAUAAGUUGUCUAUGCAAUUUUCUCAGUGGGAAUGGGACUUUACCAAAGCCGUGCACAGCUGGGUGAUUAACACCGAGACACUGAUUAGGAAUCAGACAGCAGAUACAUUAAAUACUGAGAGAGACACCCAUUAUGAGGAUGAGCUACAGAAGUUGUUGUGUCAAGAGGAAAGUAAGAUGUCGGAGUUGUUAGGAAAGUAUUUUGAGAAUAAAUCUGAAAAUGUGCAUCUAAUUGAAAAAUACAAAGAAGAGUUUUUCAUGAAAGUAAAAUUUUUGAAAAAUGAACUUGAAAGAAAUGCUCUUUAUAAGUGUCGUGAGGCUUACCAUAUCCAGAAAUUAAACCAUAAGAUUCGGUGUAUCCAGGUUGAAUAUCAGAGGAAGAUUGAAUGCAGAGUUACUGAUCUCCUUCGGUCCUGCAGAGAGUUAAACCAUCAGCUUAGUGACAAAUACUUAGAAGAUGAAUUUAAUACCAUGUGGGAGAAUACAAGCUCAGCUUUACAGAUUGAACCAUUACAAAGACGAAAUAUAAGUCAAACCAUUCUACUUCAACUGCAAAAUGAAAUGAGCCUCAAAGGAUCAGACAUCAAUAAAAAAUUACUUAAUGUGAUUAGCUUAGAGGAAUAUGGGAAAAAAGAAUUUCAGAUGCGUGAAAGUUAUGUUGAUCCAUCUUGGCUUUCUGUGAAACAAAACAAGCUAUAUAUUAUAGACCACUACGACAAAAUAUCACAGCUUGGGAAGUCUCUAAUUGAGAUAAGUGAUGGAUAUGUUACAGAAAAGGUUAACACAAGGUUAGACUAUGAUGACACUUACUUCCAGGAAUUAUUACAAUCAAUCGAUUUCAGAUUGCAGAAUCAGGAUGUAAGAGGGAUUCACUUCUCCUCUAUAUUUGAAUUAGACAUCAAGCUUCUAAUCUUUGGACGAGCUACUCAAGCCUUUCAGAAGAUGCAUGAGGAAUUUAUCCAAGAGAAUGAUCCAAAGAUCUGCCUAGAAAAGCUGAAAUCUAAAUAUUUUUCAACUUUUCUCACUAUUUACCAUGAAAAGGACCAGAGCCAGCAUAGAGCAAAACUGUUUUGUGAGCUUUGCCUGAAGCCAGCUUUAACCAAGUAUAUUUUCAAUCAACUCGGAAAAGAAAUAGUUGAUGAUAUUUUAAAAAGUUCUGACAAUAAGAUAUUUAACAGUAGAUCCUUUUUUCAGGCUGCCGUACUAAAGGAUCUGUUAGAAAAAGAAGAUUUUCACAAUAUUUUGAAAUAUAUUAAAGAAUAUCCACUUUUUGUGAAGGACUGGAUUUUAAAAUUCAUUUUAGGCAAAUACAAGAAACCCUCCCAGUUAGAAACUUUACAAACAAACAUUCUGUCUACUAUUGUUAAACAAAAUAUACACAUUCUAUCAAAUGAAGAAUAUCUAACAUGUCCUAAUAUUGCAAACUUUUUGGAAAACAUUUGUGAGAAGUUAAACCAUGAAUUAAUAAUUCCACAGUAUCAAAUUAAUAUGGUCACAUUUAGUAAUAAUGUAAAUGUUGACCAGUUUUCUAAAGAUGUUAAAAUGUUUAUCUCAGAAACAGAAAACCAAAUACUAUCAAAAGUAAAACGUUUGAGCAUUGAAACCAUUCUUACCAAGGUCACAUCGAAUCCAGUGGAUGAAUUGCUGAAGAAGGUGAUGGGAUGUGGGAAGCAGUGUCCGUUCUGUAAAGUCCCCUGUGAGGCCGGAGGAACUGGUCAUACAGAGCACUUUGCAUCCAUUCACAGACCUCAAGGCUUACGUAAACUUAGAUGGGACCCAGACGAUUCACUGGCUGUAAAUAUUUGUUCUACUUCGGUGGUGUCUAGUGAUUGUUUUUGGAAUUGCAAAACAGGAGGGAAACAUCACAGUUAUAAGGAAUAUCGUACUUUUUAUCCAGAUUGGGCCAUCCAACCUGAUCCCAGUAUCCAAUCUUCUGAUUAUUGGAAAUACAUCUUUGUGAAAUUUAACAAGCAUUUUGCAAUAGAAUAUGGACUAAAGCCAGCUAAGCUACCAGAGGAAUGGAAACAAAUAAGCAAAGAACAAGCUCUGAGAAGCCUGAAAGAAGUGUUUAAUAUGAAUUAAUGACAAAACAUGUCAGUUUGAUUAUACCUAAUAUGAUAUCAGUUCAUUCCCUAAUGAUUCCUUCACUGAUCUGAUAUUUAAUUUAAAUAAUUAACAGACUGCAUAGAAAUUGUCAGUCAGAAAUGAUUUGACUACUUAAAAGAGAAUUGCAAGAGGAGACUCCUGGCACCAUAAUCACUACGUUGGUGGUGAACAGCCCACACAAGGUGACAGUGCUGUCACUCAUUGUAGCAGAUCUAUGACUGAUAAAGUAGUUUCAUUAUACUUUGCCUAGUCCAGGAUUCAGCAACCUUCAGGAUGUAGGGUGUCUUUGCAUGGCCCCUGGGGCUCCUGUACCCAAAUUGAUCAGAUGUCGAAAUCUCCCCAGCCAGCCCAGAUCUCUUCAAUGCCCAGUGUGCAAGAGAGCCUCUGGUCUUCGACUUUAGGGGGUGCAGACACCACAAGGAACUCUCUCCUGCGAUAUGGCAUGUAUAGUGUUAACAUGGCAAUGCGCUGUCCAAAGAGUAAAGAGCCAGACAGUGUUAGAGGUAGAAGGGCUCUGCGUCCAUUGAAGGUCCAGACUACAAGUCCACUAUUGGUGCACCACGGAUUAAUGAAGAUGUAUUCCCCCUCCCUGGACAAGGGUAUGCAAGAGAAUGGAAGGUAAACAUUAGUUUAACAUGAAUUUAUUGCAGUAAAGAGAUCCCCAAACACCCUCCACUCACAACAGUACAGAUAGUCCACACAUGCACAACCCCACACACAGAACCCCUUGCACAACA